AAAUACUGGGCGUGCAUCUAAAACAGAUUCAAGAGUUUUUUUAGAUCUUGCUAUAACAUUUCCAAUUAAACAAUUUUUAGUGCAAUAUGGAACAAUUCACGAAUUUCUUUCUCCAUUACGGCAUCAAGAUGAUUCUGGCAUUUUUAUUUAUCAUCCGACUAGUCAAACCUACGUUUCAGUUUAUAAUGAAUAUAAAAAAAACUUUUAUCUUACACAUAAUGAAUCUGACCAAAUAAUCUCAUAUUUUACGUUUAGAAAAUUAUGGUAUGAGAUAGCUCCUAAUAUUCGAUUUUAG